AGGCACUGACCCCGCCCAACAAACGCCAUUACCCCUCCAACCCAGAGCCGAACUCAGCCAGCUGCCUUCUGGCUCGGCUCCGGCUGCUCACAGCGUCCACCAUGGGAAGGUUCGAACGAGUCCGUGGGCGCCGUCGUCGGCGCCCGCGUCCCCGCCGAUUCCAACCCCGCAGACGCCUCAUCCGAGCCGCCAUUCCCUGGUUCUUGGAGUGGCCCACCGUGCUGCCCACACCGCCCUCACAGGUGCAUCAGAACUACCGCCCCGAGUGUGAGGCCGCGAUCAACAGCCAGACCUCCCUGGAGUUCCACGUCUCCUUCCAUUGCCGGGCUGUGGCCUUCUACCUCGACCUCAGUGAUGACGUGGCCCUGAAGCAUUUCUCCGGUUUCUUUUUGAUCCGCUCCCACGAGCACAGCAAGACAGCCGAGAGCCUGAUGUUCCUGCAGAACCAGCGUGGGGGCCGCAUCUCUUUCCUCGACAUCAGAAACCCCGAGAGCCAAGAGUGGGAGAGCGGGCUCCAGGCCAUGCAAGACAUCCUGCACCUGGAGAAGUACAUCAACCAGAGCCUGCUCGACCUGCACCAGCUGGCCACCGAGAGCUGCGACGACGACCUGUGCCACUUCCUGGAGACCGGCUACCUGGACCAGCAGGUCAAGUUCAUCAAGGAGCUGGAGGACCAUGUCAGCAACCUGAGCAACGCGAGGUCCCCGGAAGGUGCCCUGGCAGAGUACUUCUUUGAGAAGCUCACCCUGAGUGAUGGCGACAAGGAGGACUGAUCCUGGACUGGACUUUGCCCUGAGACCUGGGUGAGUGCCCACGGUCACCCUGCCUGCCGUGAAGUCUGCAGUUUUGCCCUUGCAGAAUAAGUUCACUUAAGUUUUCCUUCUUUCAGUGUUGCUAGUUCUUCCAGUAAACUAAUUGCUUCCUAAAGAAAUACAGGUCC